AAUUUAGUGUAGUCUACAUAUAUAAGGAUCCGAAACAAAAUUGGCACUGGUGUAAACUUUAGUUUUAAUUUUGCAAAAAAUAAAUAAAUAAAAAGAAAUGGCUAAAAAGGCGAUUAAGUUUGAUGAUAUAAAACCAUUUGAUACCAAACUAGCCCAGGAAUAUUUGGCAAAGGAGCAGAAGCAAUUCCACUCAAAGGGUUACAAUGACCGAGGGGAUGCUGGUUACGAUUCCUGUAAAAACUUGAUGUUCUAUGCUGAUUACAAAAGAUUUUCCGGAUCAAUGAUUUUGGUCCAUGAUAUAAGCGAAAUACCGAAGAAACUCUUUAGUUUAGCGGAGAAAAUGAAAGAAAAUAUCGAUCUAUUCUCCCAGUUAGACUACAUGAUACGAAAAAUACCAAUAAACGAAAGCAAGAAUGUGGAUCUGCAGCUGUUAAUACAAAAUCUAUUAUAUUGUAGUGGGGACACUUCGGGUAGAAUAUUCUGUGGAGGAUUUAUGUGGUGCAUACGGAUAGACACCGAGAGUUCACUAGCGACUUUAGGCUGCGUAGCUCAAGCGCUUAUGUCGAAGGUGACGCACUUGACAAUAGAGUGCACCGUAGAGACCGCGGCGAUCUGCUGCUUAUUCACUGAUCUAUGCCACCAAGUCGGUCUCCAAGAAAAGGUGAAGCUCGCAAUUCUUAGUGAAACUACAGAUAGGCAUAGCAAUGUGACGGUAGACUUGAAUAAUAUAUAUGUUUCAGAGAUGAAAAGUGGAUGUGUAGGCAUAGUGACCGCCAGGUCUGAUGUCGAUUCAGCCGUGGAUACAUUCCUCGCCGCCACAAACAGACGCCCAUGGAAUAUUAAGAAGAUCCUAGUCCAGGAGAGUGUGCUGGAACGGUUUAAAAAUACGCUCGAAUGGAAGACAAAAUCUACGCAAAACACACCAAAAAGGAUGGUCGAUCAAAAACUAGAAGCACUGAGUGCAUCCGUAUACAAUUACGAAGGCAAAAUAUUUCUCUGCGAGUUCGCUGGCACUGAGUUAGAGAAAAAUAGCGUAAACACUAUCCUAAUCGAUAGCUACCGAACCACAAAGGAGUUGCUAUCCCUUUUAAAAGGCUUGAAUCACUUUGCCGCAUCGCUCUGGUGCAGCGAUAUCGCCGAAUCCAACGAAAUAGCCUUCAACAUCGACUCUAGCAUCAUCUGGAUCAACGACUUCUGCAAUUUCAACGGCCCACCGAAGUCGUCGCAAGCUUUCUACUCCUUAAUAGAUUCGCAUUUUACCACCGCGUUGGUUACGGAGUGUCCGGAAAUCGAUGAGGUGAUGAAACUGAGGAGAUCGUGGCUUCAAAUAGCCAAGAGCAAACGUGAAGAUAUCGUGAGGGAUAUAUUGGUUAAAGCCCCAAAGCGGAUGAUAGCAAAAGCAAGGAUUGAUGCAAAGGAUAUAAAUUUCGCAUUCGAUAAUUUUGCGCACGUUGAAAAUGACACGGUUUGCUUCGGCACCGAAACUACACCUGUUAUAUUGAAAUGGGACGAAGAAAUUACUGUAGCUAUCACUAUUUUUAUCGCGAAGGGUGGUGGUCUUUUACUUAUCCCACAGAAGACGUAUUACAGAGACAAUGACUUCACGAAGUACGUUUUCGAAGAGCUGAGAGAGAAAGGCGCUCCGGUUUUGGGUGUGGAUAAAUAUCGUAGCUGCAGAUGCGAAGUCCCUGUUCUGAAAAAACCAAUUUAUAAGAUGAAAGUCGUUUGGAGUAAUUUUGGCACAAUGUUUUCUAACUAGAAUCUUUAAUUGUAAAUCCUAAUUUACGAUAAUGACCACAAACAUGAA